ACUAUCACUUGGCGGCCAAUCAGUCAGUUAUUGGUCAAAAUGUCAACCAAGUGGUCGUCUCUAGUUGUGGCCCUUUUGGCCUCGCUAUCAAUUCAAAAAACCUACGCGGAUGUGUCUCAUUUCUUUGCUCCCGCAUUGGAUCAAUUUGGAAACUAUCUUCAUGGUCAAGUGCCAUUUCAAGUGGGACUAUCUCCUCCGAAUUUAUAUGGACCUCCAGCUCCUGUUCCCGCAACUCCUGCCCCAGUUACUCCUGUGGCCACCACCGAAUUUAGUUUGCCGGAGAUUAUAGAGAAUCGUAGUGUGAAGUUUCAGGGAACUGGACAUGGCAGUUUUAUACCCCUAAGUCAGCAUUAUCUGCCGCCUGCCAUCGAGGAGCGUCCCAACUACGAAAGUCCCAAGCCAAGUGAGGAGAGCUAUCCAGCUUACUACUAUCCCCAACCGCCUGCAGGCAGCAUCAUUACCACCUCCACACCCACAACUACGACCACUUCAAGACCCAUUGUUGUACAAGAUCCUGGGGAUGAUGUCGAGACUAUACACUCACCAGGCUACGAUUACCAUGCUCCAGUGGCGGUUCCCGUUUUCCCCCAAAAACCUUCGACACCGGCGCCCGUUUAUUUACCACCCAAUGAAGUUGGAAAUCAGGAUCAAAACCAACUGAGCCUUCGGCUCAAGGACAUGCGUUGCCUUUCGGCUGGUUAUUUCCGGGCUGUUCUCAAGUUGGACAGCUUUGUGGGAGCAGCACCCACUGUGGAUCAGGAUAAUGAUGAUCAGCCGGAUAAACGCUGUGAAAUGAGAUUUUCUCGAAGUUUUCUGCUCUUGGAUAUUUCAGGCGAGGAUUUCGAGCGGUGUGGUGUGAAAUCCUGUGGCCAGGAUCUUUGUCUACGUUUGCGCUUUCCCGCCAUCAGAGGGUUAAGAACUGGUGGAGACUCAAUCUUAACCCUGCAUUGCAAAACCCAAGAGCGAGUGGCAGUCAAAACCCAUGCCCUGAAAAUGGGCGUGGCUAAUGAUGUGCAAGCUCGCAGUGGGGGAAACUACGCCCAUGGUGGAAAUCAAAAUGCCUUUCGCACCCACGUGGAGUUAUUAAGAAAGGGUAGUACUGGGUAUACCAGACAUUUGGAGAGCAAUGGUGCAGUUCAGUUGGGCGAAGAACUUCUACUUAGAGCUCAUGUUUUGGCGGGAGAUGGUUGGAACUACACCAAGCUUAGUGAUGUGCAAUUGCAGCGGAUUGCAACAGGAGGAGAAGUACUCAACACGGUUCAGUUGGUCAGCACGAGGGGUUGUCUAAAUCCCGCCAUGCAGGCCAUCUGUGCCCAUCCCCCAAUUUUGGAACCGCCUCUUGGCCAGCGACUUCACUUCAAGGCGGUCAUGUUUCCAGGAAUGCGAAGUGGAGAGGUUUUGGUCAUAUCCAUGCGCAUCACAGGCUGUUUGGAACGCGAAGAUUGCGAAGUGACAAGUCAAGAUUGUUUGCCAUCUGUGGGUCAACGGAGACGACGGAAUGUUUCACAUGGAAAUAGCACAGAAGUUUCGGAACUCUCCCAUCUAACAUUCCGUGUAAUAAUGCCGGGUGAAGCGGAUAUAUCUCCACCGGAAAUCGAUUUGGAAAAAGAAAAUUCAGGAGUCAGAGAGGUCUCCAAAUCACUUGCCCUCUUUGGUAGCUUGGGAUUUGUGGUUAUGCUUUUGGGUGUAGCCAUUAUGGCUUUAUAUAAAUUUGGAAAGUAGAAAAAUAAGGCAAAUCUAAAGAAACUUUAUUAAUUUAAAAACCUAGUUAACUCCUGUUUUUUCCAAAGCCUGAUGAGUUUUAGUAAAUUAAAAAAGGAAAAUCUUUAAAA